GCAAGUUACCAAGAACAAAAUUAAGCAUGCCUGUCAUAGCUCCUCUCAAUAAAACCAUACCGUCACACCAAUAAAUUGACCUCUCCUCCUUCUUCUCCCUCUGAAAAUGGAGUUUAAUCAGUCGAGCAUCAAAAAAUCUGACCCAGUAGUAUUGAAGAGUUCAGAUGAUCAUAACCAAUUUUCGAGCCAUGUUAGGUCAUACACAUGCACUUUUUGCAAAAGAGGCUUCUCAAAUGCACAAGCACUAGGAGGACACAUGAACAUCCAUAGAAGAGAUAGGGCAAAACUUAAAGAAUCGUCCAGUGGUGAUCAAUCCCUACUUUCUUUCGACACCACAAAGAAGUCUCCCUCUGAUGAUCAUGACUCGUCAGAAUCAAACGAAGAGAAAGUUUUCAGCCCUAAAAGGUCAUCAUUGGUUUUAUGUAAAGGCGGUGAUGGUGUUGGAGAAUUACAGAACUUGUUUGUUGAAACACCGUCAUCAAAAAAUGAUGUAGAGGCAAGCAUUCAAGUGAGUGAGCAAGUAGAGAAAAGCAAACAGUUGGGUCGUGGUUCAUCGCACGGUGAAUUGGAUCUUGAGCUUCGGUUAGGGUUGGAACAUCAUGAAACAACAAAAACAGGUACUGGAGAGUUAUUUUGAAUUUAUGUAGCCCAUGCUGAAAUGGACUUAUCAAUGGGGUUUAAUUUCUUUUUUUCUUUUUUUAAGUUCUUUUUAAACUUCGUUUUAAUUUUGUUACCAAUAAAUAAAACUCAUCCUAAAAGAAAUAACAUGUAAAAUGGUUUAUAUAAUAUUCUAAAUCUGGUUAUGCAACAAAGAGUAAGAAUCUACAACUAAUUCACAUUAUUUUUCACACAAAUAUUCAUAUUUUGAAUUUUGACAUUCUCUAUUUUCUCUAUGAUAUUACGAUUUUAUCACUGUCUCUGCCUAUUAUGUGAAGUACAAUUUUCUAUUGCAUCAAUGACUUUUUAUUUCACCCAAAAAAAAUGGUUUUUGACAUAAUAUAAACCAAAUGUUAUGAAUCUUCAACAUUUACGAUUUUUUUUUAUAACGAUUUAAAAGAUUUGCAAGCCUAGUAAAAAUUAUUUACACAUUAGAAGUUAGGGUAAAUUACUAAUAGGCCUUAAUAGUUGGACUUAAUUCUCAUCGAGCCCUAUUGAAAAUAAAUCUUAGUAAAAUUGUCGCUAAAAAUAUUUUUUUGUGACAAUUUUUUACAUAUGUCGCUAAAAAUUGAC